AGGCUCUUGACCACGCGCUGUACGAAAAUAGACUCUGUUUUAAGUAGCAGUCGUAGCGGGUUUACUACAAAUUUUUGCGGUUUUCCUACCAAAAUGGCAACGAGAACGGAAGAAGGAAAUUCCAAGGGUAUGGUUCGCAAAGGGAAAGAGCUUUGGAGGGCUCUUCGAAAUAAUCCUAUCGACAAAGAAAGAGUUAACGAGCUCCUCGGAAACGGGGCACCUCCGAACUUCCGAGAUCCCGAUAAAACGCAGGUACACUGCACAUAUUGUAAGGAUUCUUAAUAGUAUCUACUGUCUAGUAUUUUAGAUUUUUACCUUUAAUGAUGUAUGUAACAAAAGCCUCUACUCCUCCACGAAAACGCGACUAAAGUGGCUAUUUUAUGGCGACUGGUCGACAUUCAGUUGUCAGACAUGAUUGUUUCAAGACAAAAUCCAUCUGAGUCUUCAAAGUCAUUUUGAUUCUACUGUGCAAUUUGUUCCUCUGCUUUUCAACCAUACCCAAAUUCCGACAUUACCAAAGUUUAACAUAUGAGGAGAUGAGACAUGUGGAUUUGACAAAAAUCCGGCAUUUCUUCGCUGUAAACACACUCUUUAGUCAACAGACUUUGUAAUUGUGAGUUUGUCAUGAGCAUUUUCGCAUCGUUCAUCAACCAGUCAAUUAGUUUUAAAACCAGUAUUACACUAAAAAAUAACACAAUGCAAAUUCACAUAGAUUCGUUAGAGACGUUUGGUUUGGCUUUUUACUUUGUAGUUUGCUAGGUUUUGAAUUCAGAAGAAAAUCUGACAUGCAAAUUGUUACACCAUACGUAAAUAUAUUCAUUUUAGACUUUGAAGUCGUCGAGGUCAGAUUUCGGUUUCCGGGAAAAUUCCCGUAUUUUCAUUUUCGAUUUUACGAUGGCAGUUGCCAUUGUAAGCUUACUUGAGUAGUUCAAUCGCUAUAGUUAUUCGAAUUACAUCUAGUUUGGGGUUAAAAAGAAAGUGUCAGGAUCUAAAAUAGCAUUAUUUAUUUCAUGGUCGAUUUGUCACGCGGUUUAACCGACGUGAAUUGCGACUGUUUACAGUUUCUUAAGAACUUCUCUGAUCAAAAAAAGCUCCAGUUUAAUUUCCGGCUCGUCAGUUGGCGGUAUUUGUUCAAGUUAUUUUGUUUUGAAUCUUGAAUUUUAGAACUGCAAUCUCCAAUUUCAAGAUCACAAUGUCAAUAUUGUGCAUGAAAAUUUAUGAUGAUGUAGACCGAACAUGCGGACUUCAGGACGUUCACUCCAUGUGCAUGAGUAAUGUUUAUAACUGUUAUUCUAACCGAUUCAUACAUCCAAAUAAGUAAACAUUUUCCAUAAUACCCUUAUUUUUUAUCCAGGAAGUAAUUGAUUAGAUUUAUCUGGUUGGUCUGAUAAGUAAUAUUUUUUGAUCACAUUCAUAAGUAUUCAUAUUCUUCAAACUCAUCUCUGUGCAUUUACUAAGGGGCUGACAAGGAGAAUUUGUCCAACAAUCUAGAGUUUCUUUUGUUAGUGAUCAUUUCCUUUAUCCUCAUGACAUUAAUAUGUGAUUCAGGGGUGAUAUUGUAAGGAGAAAUUAGAUGCUAGUCACUCUUAGGGGUUAAAGGGUUAAAUCAGCUGUUAAAUCAGCUGUGAAAGUCUGUGGCCUUAGUGAUUAUGGUGAGGGAUGGAUGAUGUUUAAUUUUUCUUUUCUGUAAAAAAUUGCAGACAAACUGGACUCCCCUCCAUUUUGUUGUAAAUGACAGAGAGGGUGAUAUGGAACUUGUCAAAAUGCUGUUAGAACAUGGAGCUGAAACCAACCUGGGUGAUUCUGUAUGUUAAUGAUAUUUUCUAAGCAUUAUUGAAACUAUAGGUGAUUAAUGAUUUGAAAAAAGGCAAAAUGAAUAUGACAGUGAAGUGAGAAAAUUCAUCAGGCUUUUUUUCUAUUUUGCUCCUCUUAGGUAUUAAAAGUAUAUGUAUUUUUUUUUCUUUUUUCUUUUGUUUUCUUCUUCUCACUCUUUUUCUUUUAUUGAGUCUUCACUCCAUCUUUCCCUCUCUCUCUCUACUCAGUCCUCAACACUCCCUGUAGGUUCUUUUAUUUCUGUAAACCAUUUUACAUCUAUCCUCCUCAGGCUGCCUCUUUUUUUCUUGCUGUAUUGCCUAUAAUCAUCUUCCUUCCUUCAAACUUUCCUUACUUCGAAGUUUUCUACCAUUAGUUUGGCUGAUUAGUUCAAUCCUUCCUGCCUCCCUUCCUUCUAUCCAGCCUCUUUUAUCCCUUCCAGCACUACUUUACCAUUCCUCACUCCUUUUAAAUGUAAACUAACUCUCGAGCUUCACCAUGGCACCAAAUAAAUACGGUUUGGAUUUACUAAACUUCUUCCCUUCUGUCGCUCCCAUACCCUAUCCUGUAUCUUUCUCUCCCCUCCCCUGUUUUUUUCCUAAUCAUUCUGCCUUUAAUAGACAAUCUAUAAUCCACUUUUGAAUCAGAGCCGUGAAAAUUUUGCCCUAAAAGCGCGAGCGUUUGCGUAGAGAACUCGAUCACAUCCAGAGACUUAUAUUUACGCGUAAUUGUACGGACUUUGGUCAUCUCCUCUGACUCUAGUGUAUUUCACCGUAUAUUAUUAUAAUUUUUGUUCGUAUAAUUUGCGUGAGUCAAGGCUGUGAUUAUUCCAUCUUUUAGGCCAGGCAGAAAAAAAUUGUUGGGCAGGCGUGAGCUGGUGCGCGAGAUCAGUGUUUUCACUGAGUUCGAAGGCAUGCAUCAUACUUGCUCGUCUCUCUCCACUCUAGCUUCAUCAUUUCUUCCUCAUCGCUUAUUACCAACAAAUGUAUUUUUUCUUUUAAUAUCUUAGUUUGAUUUAACGCCCCUUCACUUGGCAGCUGAGAAAGGAUACUCGGAGACUGUGGAGACAUUUUUAAACAAUCCGCAUAGUCCAGCUGACCGCACCAAGACAAGCCAUGUAUGGAUGCUCUAAAAGCAUUUCUUAAUUCGAUAAUGAUGACAUUUAUGAUGGUAACCAGGGAUUUCUUCCAAAUUUUUACAAAAUAGUUUUACAAAAUUCAUUGGAAAAAAUAAGACCAUCUCAGUGCUGCUUAAAAUAUCUCGCUUUCCGCUUUUAGGAAGCUGGUAGGCAUAGAUACAUUCGUAAAACCCCCCAAAAAAUGCAAUUUGUGAUGAUCCUGAAACAGUGUAAAUUGCUCCUUUUAUGUCAGUACAGCUGUCCGGGUAGGGGCCGGGGCAUUAUGGGAUAAACAAAUAAGGGACCAGUCAUUUUUUAUCGUCAGCAAGGUGGGGGGGGAGGAGAGAAAGGGGCGAACCAAAGAAAUUUGACUGCUAACGGGGGAAUGUUCAGGUAAAUUUUAUUGUGCACGCGACACAACCAAAAUCGUGUGACCUCCCCGCCGUGAUAAAUAAAGACGACGGGUCCCUAAGUGUUCGUAAACUGUGGCAGCCAUGCAGGUUUGAUCUCGUAUAAAUAAGUACUACUUGAAACCAUGCUAAGAAAGCUGGGAUAAGCUCUUUCCACACAGAUGAUAUGGAUAUUUCAAUUGCUGACUAUGCCUUUUUAUCUCUUCCUGAUUGGGCCCUCGUUCCUCAAGGGGAAGGAAACAGCACUCGAUAUUGUUGAGAGGAGAUUGAGAGAAGAACGAACUGAAGACGCUUUGCUUAUAGAACUCAAAAAAGUUGUAAGUCAUUUGCAAAAUGACCAAGUUGCUGAUCGUCUUUUUGCUGAUGGCCCAUCCAGCUUAACAAUCAAUGUGCAAAAUGACCAAGUUACUGAUCGUCUUUUUGCUGAUGGCCCAUCCAGCUUAACAAUCAAUGUGCCACCAGGUUAGUUUCAGUUGAAUUAUAGGACUCCGUCAUCUUAUAUAAAUACCUGAGAACGGGUUUACUUCACUUAACUUGAUUGGAUCUUUCUUUUCAUCAAUGACAAACACUCACAAACGACAUAGUUAGCACCUUUUUAACGUGGUCCAAGAAUGAAGACGCUCACCUUAAGACAAAGAAACCGCCACUGUGAUGCCAUGCCAUGUUUAAGCAUUUUAUUUAUCAAUUUUUUUUUGUUUGUUUUUUUGUUAUAGCUUCACCCGUAAAUUUGAACGUCGAAACAGCGCAUCUUCUUGUUGUGGGAGAUCAUAAUACAAUACGUAACGAUGAUAGGAACUAAGUGAGUGGUUAUACUUCCAACCAGAGAGAACUUUACUGCUUUAGAAGGCCGUCAACGUUAUCUCCACCAUUGUAUGGCAUAUAUGGCUCUUUGAAACCUAGUAUCAAUAGUGUUUAAAUUUGAAAACGACGCCGACAUUUUGCUUCGCAAUCUGUUUAUCACUAACCUGUAACAUACCUUGACUCUGAAGCGUUUAGAUUUGAACUAGAGAGCGAGUUACGUGGAUUUGAAGAGCCCAAAGUCAUACCAAGAUAAGUUCUUCCGUUUUACAGUUUACUCUUCCCAUUUUCAAAUGUUAAUGCACGUUUUCAGACAUGAGUUGCUUCUAUGAUUUUAUGCUUUGCUGCGUGUGAAACUCAAGGUACAUGUUUUUUAUAAGUCAUUUUUCUCGCCGUUCAUCAUUUACUCGUUCCAUUCUCCCUUGAAGGUCGCAGAAUCGAAUAGUUAUCAUUGUCUUAGUUGCUUAAAAUAUUAUUGGGUUUUGAGCUUGAUCAUUGUUUUAAUUGCUCUUCUAUAAAUUGGCUGAAUUUUUCCCAGUUACAAAUCGUUUUUAUAUUAUAAAUGGAUCCUUCAUCCUUGUCUUUUGCAGGUGUACUAAUGGUAAACUAAAUAGCUUCAUCCAAAGAAUAGAAUAGUUUAUUUAAUGUCGAAGACGUGGGAAGUGUUUGCACAAUCUUCCGAGCCAGAGGCUCCUGUUAAAAACGCUCGACAAACUAAAAAUACAAAACAAGAUAAGUUAUGUGAGUUAUACAUAAAACAAAUAUUUAAAAUAUAUAUAUUUAUACGAAUAUUAACUAGCCCAGGAGUAUAUAAAAAUGUAAAAAUAGGUCAAAUUACUCAUAAAAUGUUCAGAGAAAUGCGCGCGCCGUAAUUGGUCUGAACGAGUUCAUCAUAUUUUCAUAAAGCACGCGCCUCUCGAUAGACGAGUGCACUUUUGAGAUAUAAUACACGCAGCUUGCGUCAUCAGUACGAGCGCGCGCAAUUCACGAGGCAUUUUAUAAAAGAAAUAAAAAACUUGUUCCUCGAGCAUUGCUGAGUUAUAUAAGCCCUUGGGAAAUCUUAAGAACACUCGAGAAGUGCGAGAAGCACUCGCCUUCAGCUCGUGUUUCUCCGCACUUCUCUCGUGUUCUUAAAAAUUUCCGCGUGCUUAUAUAACUCAACAAUACACCUGGCGCGUUUUUUAUUCUUUAAGACGGUUUAGACAUUGGCAAUCUGUGAAAUUGACAUUAUUCAGGCGAGCACGAAAUUAUGCUAAAGUGGUCGUGGAUUUGGUUACAGCUGGUUCCACUUGUGGGCAACAUUUAAAAAUAGAAUAAGCGAUUGCAGGUUAGUCUUUGCUUAAGCGUGUUCAUAGUAGCCAUUGCUAAACAAAAGUUAUUGGUAGCCGAAGUACAUAGAUUCAGUAAUGUCUUGAUCGGAUAACGAUUGGUACGUUCGAUGUUAUUUUUCAAGGCUUUAAAUAUGCCCAGAAGUAGAGGGCAACAGUAUCCUAGCUGCAGUAGCACGUAAGCUUUAUAAAGAGAAAUCAUAAAGUCUGAAGUAACUAAGGGCUUAAUCCUUCGUAGUGAGGCUAUCUUAGCAUACACUUUUUUCAGCAUGAUUGUAGCGUGGGGCUUGAAAGACAAAUCCCGAUCCAAUGUUACGCCAAGAAUCUUGAGAGUAGGUUUAAUUUCGAUGGAAAUGUCGCCAAUAAAAAGAUUGUAUGGG